AUGCCCUCUCCCCGGAAGCACAAAGACAAGCAAAGUCUGACCGGGCGGAUAGCCGCCUUAAGCCGUUUCGUCUCGAAGGCCACAGGCAAAUGCAUCUCGUUCUUCAAUGUUCUUCGGGGAAGCCAACGUUUUGAAUGGUCAGUCGAGUGCGAAGAAGCUUUUCAAAAGCUGAAAGAGCAUCUAGCCCAAGCACCGGUAUUGGCAAAACCGGUGGACAGGGAGCCACAAUACCUUUUUUUGGUCGUGACCGAACACGCGAUCAGCGCCGCACUGGUGAGGGAGGACAAGAAAACCCAACUCCCGGUGUACUACGUGAGCAAGAGAAUGUUGGGGGCGGAGUCACGAUAUCCGGUAAUUGAAAAGUUGACAUUUUUUCUGCUAAUGGCGUUCCGGAAGCUCCGGCCUUACUUCCAAGCCGACGCCAUAAAAGUUAUGACCAACCACCCUUUGCGGCAAGUGUUGCAGAAACCCAAGUCAUCAGGAAGACUCUUGAAGUGGGUUAUGGAAUUGAGUCAAUUCGAUAUAGCUUUUGUUCCUAGAGUCUCGAUCAAGAGACAAGCCCUAGCCGACUUCAUUGUGGAAUGCUCCGGGAUCACCGAAGGGGACGAUCCCGCGGUGCCCAUGUGGAAGGCAAGUCUCAAGAGAAUACCAAACCAAAAUGGAAAAGAUGGCAGCUUACGUGACUCAGACGAGAGAAAUGCUGCAAACGUUCAAGAGGCACUCCAUCCGCCAGAUCCCCAGGGAGCAAAACGUGUUCGUGGACACAUUGGCAAAACUGGCCACCGAUGUCGAGGUGGAGCUGUCAGGACUGGCCCCCGUCAACCAUCUCCCCAUUCCAAGCAUUAG